AUGAAAUUUGACGAGGAUUUUCAGUUAGUAGUUGAUGUUCAUUCGUCUGAAAUAUUUCUUGAUCUUGAUCGAAAUGUUCUUGUAAAGCUGAAACAAACUGAAGCGAUUGAUGCUGAUUCUAUUAUUUUUGAGACUGCUGUGGAUGAGGAAGUUAAAGCUGGAAGUCUGAAACGGAAAAACGAUGAGCUCAGCUCAUCAGAUUGCAGUUCAGAAACAACUAACGAAUCUCAAGAAGGCAGCAGGGAAAGCACUGAUUUUCUCUAUUCCAGUUCAGACUCUCUUAAUGCACAAGAUUUAUACAACAAGAAACCAAGGUGCAUGGAGAAAAUCAGCAGUAAGGCUUCAAGAGUUGAUGGAACGUCACAAAUUCUUGAUUCAAGUGACAAUGGUGAGCCCGUGCCAAAUGCAGUUGUUAACCAGCAGGUUGACUUGUCGAGCUGCACUCUUACAGAGGAAGGAUAUGAAGAGUGGGAGAUUAACCCAUCUCUAGCCGCAUUGAUCAAACAGAACAAACUAACUCUAAAUGUUAACCAAUUCUUUUUGGUUUGUGCCCGACAUCUGAUGAGAACUUUUCCUCUAGGUAGAUCGAAAGGCCUUUACAGGCAAUACGCUGAAAUGAUUGUGAGAAAGUACGACUGUCUAAAGGACAGAAAUUCCCUCAUUCCAUAUGAAACGGUGAAGGCAAAAUUUCUUGCCUGUAUUCGUAACGAGAGCCAUUAUGGCACAUCGAAAGCAAGUAGAAUUUCCAAAAGACUAUUACAAGUACAAACAACGUCGGAAGAAGGCUCAACCAGCACUACCGACGAAGUAGCAGCAGGUACUUCAUCAGAAUGUGUUGGGCCAGCAGCAACAACAACCGGUGAGAAAGAUCGUGACUUAAAAAGGAGGCGGUCAAUCGUAAAUGGUAACGCAAACCAGACAACGGUUGAAAUUUUGCAAAACAUCCCCUUCUGCAAAAAUUUCCCAAACGUGUAUGCUGAUUUCAUGAUGAUGGAACCUAUGUCAACAAUCACAGAAGAAAUUUUUAAACAAAAUUUCGAGUUGUUAGUACAAAACUUGAGGCGCUAUCUAUUUCAGCACACCGGGAAGAAAUACGGUGAAGAAGAAAACGGAACAAUGGAGGUACUACUAGCCAUCAAUGCACUAUGCUCCGCAAAACAGGGAGCCAAAUCUUCAACCCCUGUUUUCAAAUAUGCUAAACGUGGCGAAUCAUCAACGAUAGACUAUUCAGGUGUGAAUACCAGUGCCACUGUUUUUUUCAAGCUGAUGAAGAUACCACUAUCCAUUCAAUUUUAAUCGUAUGUGGGACUGCAAUCAACUAUAAAAACAUCAAAGCGAAAAGCAUGUGAGAGACUGUUCUCUCAUUGCUAAGUGUUUAUUACACUUUCGACCGUAACUAUCCUGCUCUUUAUGGAGUGCCACUUCUCGUCGAGCGUUAUUGUUUAUGUCGAAUUGGUGCAGCUCGUCAAGGAAGUAAACCAGGAGACAAAACCACAUGGAAAAACUUCGUCCGAAGUUUUCAGCAGUUCCUGACAGCAAAAUAGUACCAUCAUUGCAUCGCUUUAAAUCAAAUUGUCAUUUCUAAUAGAAAUGGGUAAUAUGUGUUCCGUAUUAUUUCAUUUUGUGACAAUUGAUUGUAACUUUAAUACAAAUAGUAUGUUACUCACAUCAUUGUUUAAUUAGUGCUUUCAUUUUUUAAGAUUAAUAGGCAGAUUUUAAGUAGGUAAAAAAGUUAAGUAUGCGUAAAUAAAAAAGUAUGAUGAAAUAAAGUAGGACUA